GCAAACUAGGCAACUUCUAUUGAGAAAUAUGUCAACACCCCCAAAGUUCUUCGGCUUGAUUUGGGCAUUCUUCGCAGAGGAAGCUGUAUGGGAUCUCUUUUUAGAAGGCAGCGAAGCUAAAUUCGCUUCAUGGGCUGUUUGGCAGAAAGCGGAUUACAGGAAACGUCAGGUCAUUGUAAUGCAGAUUCUUUCAGCUCUGCUACAUGAGAAUGACAGGAGAGAGAUGAUGGCAGAUCAGCAGUUUUUCAGACGCUGGCUUAGUACUGAGAGCGGAUAUGAAGAGGAACUUCCGUCAGCCGUUAUUAUACAGGAAGUUAUUGCUCUCCUUCCAAAGCAAAACUCUUCAGCUACACAAACUGUAAACCUACUUUCGCCUGCUUUCCAAAAUAUUUCUAGCAAGACGCGGUUCCUCAAUUGCUUCACGCAAGGCAGUCAAAUCCCUUUGACCCCUUUUGACUUGUUUCGUAUCGCUAUCUGUGAUGGACAGUUGGUCACUUUACUUGAACAUAACGCAAAAUACCCCAAGUUCUGCUGUACUGCUAUCAGGCGUUACAUCUCACAGUUCCUAAUAUCGCCUAUGGAAACGGCAAUGCAUAGAAAAAUCGAAACAAAAUAUCAGUGGCAUAGUGUAUUUCAUGUUCCAGACAAUGAAUUGCAAGCUGCGAAUACUUCGCCAUCUCUACCUCCGAAGAUUAGUCGCAAUGGAUUUAACUUCCAUCAUCCAUUUCCCGAUUUGAUUAAUUCUACUUCGCGACAAAUACCUCUACCAUCACUAUUUGCACAAGAAAUAGCGCUGGAGCAGAAAAAGGCCACCGUGAUGCUAAGAAAACCAUCAGUUAGCGACGAAAAGUUUCGGAAGCAUCCCCCACCGAUAUCCAGCAACUCACCUAAUGAUUCCAAAAAGCGCAAGAUACAAGACGACAAAGCUGAAUUGGAGCAAUCUCCUUCUGACUUGUCUGAACAGCGGCUAGAGAGUAACAGUGUGAAAGAGACUAAAUCUCCGUCGACACCUGCUACCAUGGAUAUCGAACAGGCAGACAACUCUCCAGCUUUGUCACCAAAAGAGAUAAAAUCGUCACCUGUAACACCGAAGCCAAUCCCUGACCUUCAGCACCCAACAGCCGAAUCUACUCCUAUCGAUCACCCCUCCGUUUAUAUGCCCAAGUCGGAAGAAGAGAAAAUAUCUAUACCCAGUCCUAAGCCUACCGCUAAGCCCAAGAGCAACACUUCGCCAUUACCACCUAAAAAAGAACCGUUGGACGCUAUUGAUGUUCGAUGGGAGGCCAAGUUGCAACAGUUCUUUAAGGAUAGAGCUCAGGCUUUAGAUGGUUGGCUGGAUAGAGCGAUUCUUCGUCGUGUACACGAAUCUUUUGAUAAGAACGAACUAUUGGCAUCACUUGAAAAAGAUGUGAGAUCUUCGCUUAGUAACCGUAAUGAAGAUAUUGUAGAUACCGUGGGUAAAGAAUUGGAUAAUGCGGUAAGAUCUCGAUGUCGGAAAACCCUUGGGUUGGAUAGUAACGCGGAUGAUCUCGCUACUGGAGACCCUGGUCGGGUGGACGAUGCGGCGGGCCGUUUCGUCCAUGAAGUCUGGAAUGCCCAACUUAAAGCAAAGGAAGGAGAAUUAUCCGACUCUGUGAGCAACUUAGUAUCACAAAUCUUUGACAAGCACAUGGAUAAAUUUGCCCAGCGAUUGAUCGAGCCAAUGGAUCAAACAAUUCAGACCGUCUUCACACGACGUUUGGUUUCAAUGGAACCAAAACUCAUCAAUCUCAUCGACUCCCGGAUAGCAGAAUUAUGGAAGAGCAGAAUGGACAAGAUGAGUGGCUUAAUGGCUAGCAACAUAGAUUUGACCAUUCAACAAAUGCUGAAAGAGAGACUGCACAAAAUCAACUUUGAACCUGUAUCAGAAAAGCAAGAUGCUUUUAGUCAAAAUGGAGCAACACCCACAUCACAAGAUCACAUCGAAGAAAUUGAAAUGGUGCCGGCAGCCUCUAGAAAUGCCACUUCAUGGCAUUAAUCUCUCCCAUACAUGACUGAAAUUUCAGUUCAUAAUCAAUUUUCUUUUCCUUUAAUACCCUUGCAUAACCAUUUGCUUUGCUUCCUUCUCUUGGUAGUGUUUAUAUUACGAUAAAGGCUAUCGAGGGAAUACAUUUCAUGUUUAUGAUGGUCAAGUAACUUUUCCUUUGUACAAUAAAGACUUUAUAAAUACUACCC